AUGGACAAGUCCAGCGCUCUCGAAUACAUCAACCAGAUGUUCCCCACAGAGGCGUCGUUGUCGGGCGUGGAGCCGCUGAUGCAAAAGAUACAGAGUGAGAUUCGCCGAGUGGACGCUAGCAUCCUCGCCGCUGUCCGACAGCAGAGCAACUCGGGAACCAAGGCCAAGGAAGAACUUGCUGCUGCAACAAAUGCUGUUCAGGAAUUAAUGCACAAGAUACAUGAAAUAAAAACAAAGGCUGAACAAAGUGAAACUAUGGUUCAAGAAAUCUGUCGCGACAUCAAAAAGUUGGAUUGCGCUAAGAGGCACAUAACAACUACAAUAACCGCUCUUCACCGUCUUACUAUGCUUGUUUUGGCUGUUGAGCAACUUCAGGUUAUGGCAUCAAAACGGCAAUAUAAAGAAGCAGCUGCACAGCUGGAGGCAGUGAACCAACUAUGCAGUCAUUUUGAAGCCUAUAGAGAUGUGCCCAAGAUAACAGAGCUGAGAGAGAAAUUCAAGAAUAUCAAGAAAAUCCUCAAAUCUCAUGUAUUUUCAGAUUUUUCAAGCUUAGGAACUGGGAAGGAAACAGAAGAUCCCAUGCUAUUACAGCAGCUAUCUGAUGCUUGCUUGGUGGUUGAUGCAUUGGAGCCAUCUGUAAGGGAAGAACUAGUGAAGAACUUUUGCAGCAAGGAACUCACCUCAUAUAGGCAGAUCUUUGAGGGAGCAGAACUUGCCAAAUUAGACAAGACCGAAAGAAGAUAUGCGUGGAUUAAACGUCGACUAAGGUCAAAUGAAGAUACCUGGAAAAUAUUUCCACCUUCCUGGCAUGUCGACUAUCUGCUGUGUAUCCAGUUCUGUAAGAUUACAAGGCGUGCCCAGAGAACCCUUGAGUUUGAGGAAGAAUUGGCAGAGAAAUUCAGUGGUGGAACUCAAUUAAUGCUAGAAAUAAAGAGACAGCAAUUCAACUUCCACGGGAUCAUAUCUUCUUGUUUUGAACCGUAUAUGACUGUGUACAUUGAACUUGAGGAAAAAUCUUUAGUGGAUCAAUUAGAAAAACUUGUCCAGGAAGAAAGAUGGGAAACAGAGGAAGGAAGUCAAACAAACAUUCUAUCAAGCAGCAUGCAGGUUUUCUUGGUGAUCAGAAAAAGCUUAAAGCGGUGCAGCGCAUUGACAAAGAACCAAACAUUGUUCAACUUAUUUCAAGUAUUUCAAAGAAUACUCAAGGCCUAUGCGACUAAGUUAUAUGCCAGAUUACCAAAAGGUGGAACUGGUAUUGUUGCAGCUGCCACUGGUGCCGAUGGGCAGAUCAGGACCUCGGACAGGGACGAGAGAAUGAUAUGCUACAUUGUCAACACUGCUGAAUAUUGUCACCAGACAUCCGGUGAACUAGCUGAGAAUGUUGCUAAGAUGAUUAACCCUCAGUUUGCUGACAAGGUGGACAUGUCUGAAGUUCAGGAUGAAUUCUCGGCCAUGAUCACAAAAGCAUUAAUGACUCUUGUUCACGGACUUGAAACCAAAUUUGAUUCUGAAAUGGUUGCAAUGACUCGUGUUCCAUGGGCUACCCUUGAAAGCGUUGGUGAUCAAUCAGAAUAUGUGAAUGGUAUCAGCUCUAUUCUGUCAAGUAGUAUUCCUGUGCUUGGUACCCUGCUUUCACCUACUUACUUCCAGUAUUUCCUGGACAAACUUGCAGCCUCUCUUGGUCCUCGGUUUUAUCUCAACAUAUACAAGUGCAAACAUAUAUCAGAAACUGGUGCCCAGCAGAUGCUUUUGGACACCCAAGCUGUCAAGACUAUUCUCCUAGACAUCCCAGCUCUUGGAAAACAGAGCACAGGUGCAGCUAGCUACUCAAAGUUUGUCAGCCGGGAAAUGAGUAAAGCCGAAGCACUACUUAAGGUCAUUUUGUCACCAGUUGAUUCUGUUGCUAACACAUACCGUGCGCUCCUCCCCGAAGGCACGCCUCUUGAGUUUCAGCGGAUACUUGACCUCAAGGGCUUGAAGAAAGCAGACCAACAAGCUAUCCUGGAGGACUUCAACAAACACGCCCCUGCCCCAGCCCCCGCCAUCAAACACCCUGUCGUUGCUCCCACGGUCACGCCACCUGUUGCCACAGCAUCUGUCCAGAUAGUACCCUCGGUGUCAACUCCAGCCGUUUCAAUAACACCAAGCAUGGCCUCCUUGAAGGGAGCACUGGCGAACCAGGAGGAUGUUCUCGCCCGAGCUGCGGCGCUUGGGCGCGGAGCAGCAACCACGGGUUUCAAGAGGUUCCUUGCAUUGACGGAGGCGGCCAAAGAUCGGAAGGACGGGCCGUUCCGCAAGCUCUUCAACGCGUAA